AAGGAAAGCAAGCAAUCCAUGGGUAGACCUCCUUGUUGUGAUAAAGUACUUGGUAUCAAAAAAGGACCUUGGACUCCGGAAGAAGAUCUGAUUUUAGCAUCUUAUAUCAAAGAAAAGGGACCUGUGAAUUGGAGAUCAGUACCAACCAAUACGGGUUUGCUAAGAUGUAGCAAAAGUUGCAGGUUGAGAUGGAGUAAUUACUUAAGACCAGGCAUCAAGAGAGGAAACUUCACUGAACUUGAAGAAAAGAAAAUCAUUACUCUUCAAAGUUUAUGGGGCAACAAAUGGGCAGCAAUAGCUUCAAAUCUCCCGCAAAGAACAGACAAUGAUAUAAAGAAUUAUUGGAAUACACAUCUAAAGAAAAAGCUCAACAAAUUUCAUUCGGUAUUACGCCCUCACCAUUUGGAAUCAUCAUCAAAGAGCUUUGAGUUUCUUAACGAAGAUUAUAGGAGUAGUUAUGAUAGAACAAGAAACCUAGAUAGUAGUAUUACCUCAUGGUCCUCAUCUACUACCACUACUUAUGCUUCAAGCACAGGAAACAUUUCAAGACUCUUGGAAGGUUGGAUGAAGACUUCUCCUAAUAAGCUGAAAGAUAGUAGUACCCUCAAACUAAAGACUACCCAAGAAGAAAAGGAAGUACCACCCGAUGGCAGCGAUAACUCCAAUAACGACAACCACAAAACUAGCAACAGUAACCUUGAUGAUGAUGACAAUCUACUUAUUAAGAAAGUUGAAGUUCAAGAAACCUGUAAUCGCGAUGAUUAUCUUAUAUCAAAUGAGGAAGAUUACUUGGAGUCACUUUUAACAUUUGAGACUAUAAGUACUAUGGCUUGUUCGGAGCAGAAAUCUUCUUCAGACUCAACUACAAUUCAUGGGUCGACUUCAGAACCUCCAAAGGAACCUCAAACAACUACCACCCCUAUGGAAGAUAGGGUUGAUUCGACUACGGAGAGUAAUCGCCAAGGGUGGAUUGAAGAUGAUCAAAACCAACCUCCAUUUUCUUUACUAGAGAAGUGGCUCCUGGAUGAAGCAACUGGACAAGUUCUUGAGGAAGAUCAAAUGGAGAUCUCUCCAAUAUUUUGAUCAUAAUUAGCAUGGUAAUGCUCUUCUUCUCAGGUCGCAUAGUUGCAAAAGUUAUGCGCAUGAAGAAAGUUCGAAUUCAUUAUUAUGUGGUGCGAUGAUUUACCUAUGGGGAAAAACUGUUUUUGUGUAUGAAUUUGUUUUCUAAAACAUGGUAAUCUCUUUCACAAAGUUUAAGAUGGAAGAAAAAGGGUUUAUUAUUUAAAAUAAAUCAAAUAAGCAUGUAGCUAGCUAGAUCAAUUUUGGUUCAAAAAAAUAAAUCAAAGCUACAUCAAUUUUAUUUCUUAA